AUGAAGGCAAUUGUCAUCAAAGGCGAGGAAGGGUACGUCGAUCGAGCCCGACCAAUACCCAGGCUCCGCGAUGACUAUGUACUGGUCAGAACAGUGGCUGUUGCACUAAAUCCGACAGACUGGAAGCACAUCGCCUUUGGGCUGGGAGCACAGAACGGUCUGACUGGAUGCGACUUCUCAGGUACCGUGGAAGCAAUAGGUCCCGCCGUUACCAGGUCAUUUUCUAUAGGGGAUCGGGUCGCUGGUGUUGCUCAUGGUGGGAAUUCUGUCCAGCCAGAUGAUGGUGCUUUCGCCGAAUACAUCGUCGCCAAAGGGGAUAUCCUGCUUAAAAUUCCAGAAUCCCUCGGCUUUGAGGCGGCGGCUGGCCUAGGUCUAGGCAUUUACACGGUGAUGCAAGGUCUAUUCCAAAAGGCCUUGAAGCUGCAUUGGCCUGCAGACCCUGUCAGGGAAAGAACGUACGUCCUGAUAUAUGGUGGAAGCACUGCUACUGGUGCACUAGGUAUUCAAUUUGCAAAACUUGCCGGCUACACAGUACUCACUACCUGCUCACCACAUAACUUCGAAUAUGUCAGGUCUCUCGGCGCGGCCAAGUAUUGGGACUAUAAGGAUCCAGCAGCGGCCUCCCAAAUUCGCGAAUUCACAGGCAACAAGCUUAAAUAUGCCUGGGACACGAUUGGCGAGAACGGCAGUCCCCAAUUUUGCGCCGAUGCUCUCUCGACUGAGGCCGGGGCGGCAUGCAGGUACGGCAGCCUCUUAUCUGCCACGCGCCCUCGCGAGGAUGUUGAGGGCGUUCUGACGGUGAUGUACACAAUCUUUGGUGAGAGAUUUGUGCUGGGACAAGAGUUUGCGCCGGUGCCUGAGGACUUCGACUACGCGAAGAAUUUCCUGCCUAUGGUGGAGCACCUGUUGGCUGAAGGCAAGAUCACACCUCAUAAGCAGACCGUGGGCAGGGAUGGAUUACAAGGGGUGCUCCAGGGGCUGGAAGACAUGAAGAAUGGGAAGGUGAGCGGACAAAAAUUGGUUUAUCGGGUUGCAGAAACCCCGUGA